AUGGUUUAUAGAUACCUACAGAUAAUACCAGAUUUUUUUUUCUUUUUACUUAUUAAGGAAGCUUAUAGUUUAUACCAGUUUCUUAUUCUUUUUCUUUGUUCAUCUUUUUCUUCUUUGUCCAUCUUUUUUUAUUUGUUCUUCUUUUUCUUCAUUGUUCUUUUUUCUUUCUUCCUCUUUCUUUUUUCUUUCUUCCUCUUUUUUUUCUUUCUUCCUCUUUCUUUUUUCUUUCUUUUUCUUUCUUCCUCUUUCUUUUUUCUUUCUUCCUCUUUCCUUUUCUUUCUUCCUCUUUCCUUUUCUUUCUUCCUCUUUCUUUUUUCUUUCUUUUUCUUUCUUCCUCUUUCUUUUUUCUUUCUUCCUCUUUCUUUUUCUUUCUUCCUCUUUCUUUUUUCUUUCUUCCUCUUUCCUUUUCUUUCUUCCUCUUUCCUUUUCUUUCUUCCUCUUUCUUUUUUCUUUCUUCCUCUUUCUUUUUCUUCCUUCCUCUUUCUUUUUCUUCCUUCCUCUUUCUUUUUCUUUCUUCCUCUUUCUUUUUUCUUUCUUCCUCUUUCCUUUUCUUUCUUCCUCUUUCCUUUUCUUUCUUCCUCUUUCUUUUUUCUUUCUUUUUCUUUCUUCCUCUUUCUUUUUUCUUUCUUCCUCUUUCUUUUUCUUUCUUCCUCUUUCCUUUUCUUUCUUCCUCUUUCUUUCUUCCUCUUUCUUUUUCUUCCUUCUCUUUCUUUUUUCUUUCUUCCUCUUUCCUUUUCUUUCUUCCUCUUCCUCUUUCUUUCUUCCUCUUUCUUUUUUUUCUUUCUCUUUCCUUUUCUUUCUUCCUCUUUCUUUUUUCUUUCUUCCUCUUCCUUUUUCUUUCUUCCUCUUUCCUUUUCUUUAUUCCUCUUUCUUUCUUCCACUUUCUUUUUUCUUUCUUCCUCUUUCUUUUUCUUCCUUCCUCUUUCUUUUUCUUUCUUCCUCUUUCUUUUUUCUUUCUUCCUCUUUCCUUUUCUUUCUUCCUCUUUCUUUUUUCUUUCUUCCUCUUUCUUUUUUCUUCUUUCUUUUUUCAUUCUUUCUUUUUCUUUCUUCCUCUUUCCUUUUGUUUCUUUCUCUUUCUAUUUUCUUUCUUCCUCUUUCCUUUUCUUUCUUCCUCUUUAUUUUUUCUUUCAUUCUCUUUUUUUCUUUCUUUCUCUUUCCUUUUCUUUCUUCCUCCUUUUUUUUCUUUCCUUCAUCAGUCGCCACAUGCCAUUAGUAAAGUCUUUGAAGCUAUAA